CUGUCGCUCUCCCUUCCUGCAGGCAGUUUGGCCUCUGCAGCUGAUCGUAGUUUGGCAGACGCUCAGAAACUCCGACAGCCAGGAAGUGUGUGUGAGUGUGUGUCCUUGUGAAGGUAGCGCAGGCAGCAGCUCGACAUGAAUCGCCUUCUGAACGUUCCCCUGGCGGCCGUCCGGGCCUUCAGCAGCUCCAGCAGAAACCUGAAGAACAAAGUUCCUGAGGCGCAGAAAUUCUUCCAGGAAGACAACGGGCUGCCGGUCCAUAUCAAGGGAGGAACCAGCGAUGUUCUGCUGUACCGGGCCACCAUGUUGCUGACUGUCGCAGGAACCUGCUACUCCAUCUACUGGCUGCUUGUUGCCUCCAUGCCUAAGAAGAAGGAAUGAGAUGAUGUGCAACAUGCAGCGCAGCAACGCUAAGCUGAGGCUCGUCUGAAAGCAGAAAUAAAAUGACUCAGUUUCUCUGUG